UGCUGGAGGGACGGCGCGUCGGUGCAUUUUGCCCGUACAGAACUCGCGUGGAGUGCGCGCGUGUUUAGACUCGAGAGUUUUUUUGCGCUCAUAAUAUACCCGAUGACGCGAGUGUACCGACACGAUGUGAUUGCAACGUUCUACGGUCCACUCUAAAAGUAUGCUACACAUGCAUUGUUAUGAAUAAUCUCCUCCACGAUAUCAUCGAGAUCAGUGUACUACAAGUGUUGUCCCACAAGUGCUGCAUGAAAGUGAAAGCUUAUCAUCCCUGUAUGCCAACAAAAGCAUGACAAGUCAUCAGAGCAAUUAAGCGCAAGACACCCAGUCGGCCAAUAUGUUAUUGAGCACCAUCGCCAUUUUGGCAUGUAUGGAUCUACUGACAACGGCCGAUGGACAGCGAAGCAGAUAUUUCGCUUCUGCUAAUCCGGAGGCGAUGAUGAAAUCCGACAUGGCCGCAAUUCCGAUACGUACCAUUGCGGUGCAAGGAGUGGGAGGUCAAACGGCUACUCUUCCAUGCGAUAUACAACCCCAAGAGAGCAACGACUCCGUGACGAUGGUGCUCUGGUUCAAAGACUCCACCCGCGAGCCAGUCUACAGUUACGACGCUAGAAAUCUACAUCUCGGCAAAGUCAAGUAUUGGAGCGCAGAACAUUUUUGGGGUAAUCGAGCAACGUUUCGAACAAAACCGUCGGGUGAAUUAGUGAUAAAAGAUGUGAGGGAAGGCGAUGCCGGAGAGUUCAGGUGCCGAGUGGACUUUCGAAAUUCGCCAAGCAAAAAUCAAAAAGUUAAUUUUACAAUAAUAGUUCCAGCGUCAAAGCCGAUAAUCUACGACACCAAGGAGCGGGACAUGAGCAAGCACGCGGAGGCUUAUCCGGAAGGCAGCGAUCUCGAGCUCAUCUGCGAGGUUCGCGGCGGUAAACCGAUACCAAAAGUCUCUUGGUUCCUCGAGUCGCAAUUAAUCAACUCAACUUCGGAAAUACGUCAGGUGCAGAGCCAAAAUUCCGUACCUUAUCAUUCAUCGAUGUCAACUUCGUCGUUAUCCUCGUCGUCAUCGUCAUCAUCGUCGUCAUUGUCCUCGUCGUCAUCGUCGUCGUCAUCGUCGUCGUCGUCGUCGGCGUCAUCGCAGCCUUCCACAUUGUCAUCGUCAACAAGGGACUCGACCAAAUUCAAAUUAUCCACGACGUUGAUUAUCAGCAGGGUGACCAUUAAAAAUUUGAAACGUAGCCAUCAUCACGCCAAAGUAUCUUGCAGGGCGAGUAAUACACCCUUGGCAGCACCUCAAACGACCACAAUCACGAUAUCCUUGUACAUGAAACCCUUGGAAGUUAAAAUAAUCAAUAAGACGCAGUUCGUUUCGUCGAGCAGGAGGUACCAGACCGAGUGCAAAAGUAGCGGCUCGAGGCCGGAAGCCACUCUAACUUGGUACAAAGGCUCGAAAACGUUGAAAAAUUUAUCCAAAGACUUUCACAAAGACGGCAUGAGCGUGAGCAUACUCGAAUGGCAGCCAGACGCCGAGGACGAAGGCAAAUAUCUUACCUGUCGUGCGGAGAACCGACAUCUGCCGGAUGCCGUUAUUGAGGAUAAAUGGAAGCUCAAAGUUCAUUUUGCACCCAUCGUACAGCUGAGAGUGGGCUCUUCUCUCGAUCUGAAAGGCAUCAAAGAAGGCGACGAUGUUACUUUCGAGUGCAACGUCAGAUCGGUGCCUAGGAACUUCAAGUUAUCAUGGUUUCACGGAAAUAAAGAACUGCGCCACAAUGCCAGCGCCGGGGUGGUACUAUCCGAUCAAUCUCUCGUGCUCCAGGGAAUAAGCCGAGAGGCAGCGGGUAACUACAGCUGCGUGGCAACCAACUCCGAGGGACGCAACAGAUCCAACCUAGUUCCUUUGCGCGUCAUGUAUGCGCCGACGUGCAAGCAGCUGAGACCUUUGGAGCCUCACGAGAUCGACGACGACAACGACGACGACGAAGAGGAAGAGAGGGACGAGGAGGAGGAUGCCGAAGAAAAUAUGAACGCCCUCGUGGACUUUGAGAACGAGGAAGAGCAGGAGAGGAGGUCGAGGAGGCGCUCGCGGCGGAAACGGCUGCUCAAGCUGCUCUGCGCCAUCGAGGCCAAUCCGCGGAGCGUCCAGUUCUACUGGAGCUUCAACAACACGAUCCUGGAGCCGGCCCAGAAUCUGCCCGACAAGCGUUUCCGCAGCGAGGGUCUGGUCAGCCGACUGAGCCACUCGCUCGACACCGAGCAGGACUACGGGACCUUCAGCUGCUGGGCCAGCAACGAGAUCGGCCAGUCCAAGCAAGCCUGCGUUUACCACGUGCCGGAACCGAUGAAGCCCGAGGCCCUGCAGAACUGCACGGCGCGCAAUCAGAGCGGCGCCUGGAUCAGGAUCUCGUGCUACGAGGGCGCGGACGGCGGACUGCCCCAGCGCUUCGUGGCGAGCGUCGACGAGCUCAGCUGGGAGUCGGACACGCCCGAGUGGCGGCUGGAGCUGCGCAAGCCGAGCAGCCGCGUCGUGCUGUUCGCCGUCAAUGCUCGGGGCACCAGCGAGCCCGUCGUGCUCGAGGGCAUUGUCUACAGGGACGUCGCCAAGUUUACGGGUGAAACGGGCCUUCCUCUCGACAUAUCGCCCAUUCUGAUCGGCCUGGGUGGCACCGCCACGGGAUUAGGUCUUAUCGUGACGGGUGUAUUAAUGGCGCUUUGGAGAAAACACGCGGCCAUGGGCGGCAGCGGUACCGGUGGCUCGGGCUCCUCGCCGAGCAAACCAAAAGCUCUUCAGCAGCAUCAGCACCAACAGCAGCAUCUGCAUCAGCCACCGAGCAUUGCCACGUUUGCGGUCAAAGGCGUCGAGGAGGAGGAUGGAAAUCCCGAUCUCAUACCGACUACGGCGCUAACCAAUAAUUAUGCAGAUCGCAAGCUCUCCGUUUACGGAUCGCUGCCGAGAAGGACGAUGUGGGGAGACGAUCCCCACAUGCCGCCAAGAGUUUUGCAGGAUAUCGACUAUCCCAGAGCAGCGCCUAAUACUUACCACAGCUUACAAAGACCAACUCGUUACACUGCCGAUACGAUAGUCAGACAUGCAACCGUCCAAGAAAGUUGUAUCUAAAACAAAAAUUUGACGCAGAAGAGUGCAUUGCGUAUAUAAAUUGUACAUAUACAUAAUUCGUUGACGAGCUCGCUAUUGCGUGAGUACGAGACGAGACUGAAACCUAUGAAUU